UGGGAGCCUAAGCGCCCCCCAUUCCCCCCGGCCCCCUGCCCCCGGGGCCUUGAGGGGGAAGAGGCAGCGGUCUGGGACGGAGAGGGGGUGACCAGACUCAGGAACCCCCCUCAACACCCCCCCAUCGUCCGCGCUGCCCGUCCGGGAGCGCGGAGUUCGGAGCGACCCGGAGCGCUGCGGAUACAAAGGCGCCGGGCCGAGUCGGGCGCCUGCCGAGCCCACCGGGCAGUUCGCAGCGGCGGGAGCGUCGCUUGAUUUUCUCUGAGACAAGCCCACCCGUCCAGCAAAAUAGAGUCCCUCAGGGUGACGGUUGAUUUCCUGAAGGUGCCCCUUGGCCUGAAGAAGCCGGUGCUGAAGGAGGUGGCUGUGGGGCCCCCCAAAAGGCCCCAGCCUGUGGCCCUGGAGCGCUACAAGGCGCGGCGUUCAGACGCCAUGGACACCGAGUCUCAGUACUCGGGCUAUUCCUACAAGUCGGGCCACUCCCGCAGCUCCCGCAAGCACAGAGACCGCCGGGACCGACACCGCUCUAAGAGCCGAGAUGGGAGCCGUGGGGACAAGUCGGUGACAAUCCAGGCUCCUGGAGAGCCCCUGCUGGACAACGAGUCCACGCGAGGGGACGAGCGGGAUGACAACUGGGGGGAGACGACAACGGUAGUCACGGGCACCUCAGAGCACAGCAUCUCCCACGAUGACCUCACGCGCAUCGCCAAGGACAUGGAGGACAGUGUCCCGCUGGACUGCUCCCGUCACCUGGGGGUGGCGGCGGGGGCCACGCUGGCGUUGCUGUCUUUCCUCACGCCGCUGGCUUUCCUGCUGCUGCCCCCACUGCUGUGGCGGGAGGAGCUGGAGCCGUGCGGGACAGCCUGUGAGGGCCUCUUCAUCUCUGUGGCCUUCAAGCUGCUCAUCUUGCUGCUGGGCAGCUGGGCCCUGUUCUUCCGCCGGCCCAAGGCCUCCCUGCCCCGCGUCUUCGUGCUCCGCGCCCUGCUCAUGGUGCUCGUCUUCCUGCUUGUCGUCUCCUACUGGCUCUUCUACGGCGUGCGCAUCCUGGAUGCCCGGGAGCGCAGCUACCAGGGCGUGGUGCAGUUUGCCGUGUCGCUGGUGGAUGCCCUGCUCUUCGUGCACUACCUGGCCGUGGUCCUGCUGGAGCUGCGCCAGCUGCAGCCUCAGUUCACGCUCAAGGUCGUGCGCUCCACCGAUGGGGCCAGCCGCUUCUACAACGUCGGUCAUCUCAGCAUCCAGCGCGUGGCAGUGUGGAUCCUGGAGAAGUAUUACCAUGACUUCCCUGUCUACAACCCUGCCCUCCUCAACCUGCCCAAGUCCGUCCUGGCCAAGAAAGUGUCUGGCUUCAAGGUGUAUUCCCUCGGAGAGGAAAACAGCACCAACAACUCCACGGGCCAGUCACGGGCUGUGAUUGCAGCAGCGGCUCGGAGGCGGGACAACAGCCACAACGAGUACUACUACGAGGAGGCUGAGCACGAGCGGAGGGUGCGCAAGCGGAGGGCCAGGCUUGUGGUGGCGGUGGAGGAGGCCUUCACUCACAUUAAGCGGCUGCAGGAGGAGGAGCAGAAGAACCCCAGGGAGGUAAUGGACCCCCGGGAGGCAGCCCAGGCCAUCUUCGCAUCCAUGGCCCGGGCCAUGCAGAAGUACCUCCGGACCACCAAGCAGCAGCCUUACCACACCAUGGAGAGCAUCCUGCAGCACCUUGAAUUCUGCAUCACGCAUGACAUGACGCCCAAGGCCUUCCUGGAGCGAUACCUGGCAGCCGGACCCACCAUCCAGUACCACAAGGAACGCUGGCUGGCCAAACAGUGGACACUGGUGAGCGAGGAGCCGGUGACCAACGGGCUCAAGGAUGGUAUCGUUUUCCUCUUAAAACGCCAGGACUUCAGCCUGGUGGUCAGCACCAAGAAGGUCCCCUUCUUCAAACUCUCUGAGGAAUUUGUGGAUCCCAAGUCACACAAGUUUGUCAUGAGGCUGCAGUCCGAGACCUCGGUGUGACUGUGCAACAGCAGGGGCAGUGGGAGACGCGGGGGGCUCCUGAGGGUGGUGGGUGGGAGCUUGGCUCCCAGGCCACAUUCCUGCCGCCCUUCUUCCUCUUGCUCUUGGUUUUUUUACUUGAAUUAACUUAUCCCCCUCCCUGACUCCUCCCCUCUUCCUUAUUGACCCCACGGGAACCGGGAGAGACUGUCCUGCCAUCAAUAGUACCUGGGAAGUUCCCUCUCUUUUUCCCGGAACCCCCUCACUUUUGUAAUCACUCCAGGUCCUGCAGGAAUCAGUGCCUCUCUCCCUUUUUGCCCUGGUGACAGUCCUUCUGAAAGGGCACAGGGCCCUCCUGAGCCCCCACUCACGAACCCCAGUUCUUGUAGCAGUUCUCUCCAAUGGCCCCUGACUGGCUGUCUCUGGGAGGCACAGAUGUGACUCCAGAGAGCCACGGUGCCAAAAUCCUCCAGUGCAGCAGCUUGCCGCGGCCUCCAGACAGCGGGUGAAUCCGCCCCUUUUGCCCACUCACCCUACCUGUAACAAACCCUGAGUUCUGGGACAGCACUCCUGUGUCCUCCCACACAGUCCCAGAGUCACGGGUCUCCCUGUUAGGGUUAUUUGUUUCUAGCUGUUAGAGCCUUCUUCCCCCAUCCUCAUAAAUUCAGAGCAAGGGAAGAUCCCAUCCUUUAAGCCUGACAUCUCUCUGUUUCUAUUUUUAUGGUCUCAUGUGACCGCAGGCAAACUGAGGCGGAAACCCUCUCUGACCACUUUUCCUGGGCCUUCAGGGACAGUACCUUUCUGCCACUGGGUCUUCCUAGGCAGCCUCUGAGGGAAGGGCAGGAGAGACCCCUGUGAACAUCACUGACCCCUACCCUCUGAACCUGCCCACACCUUCAUUCCCGCCUUGGUGGGGGAGGUUUCCCUUCCCAGUGAAGGAUGGCAUGUAGACUCCUGUACAGAUUUAGUGGCUUGCAGACCCUGACCUAACCUCCAUUGUUGUCUUAGACAAACGUUUUUCUUUCUUUCAGCAGCCACCCCCAGUCCCGCUGUCUCUUCUCUCAGCUCCGGAGACCUGUUGCCUCAUCUCUUUUUGGGGGGGAGCCAGCAGCUCCUCCUCAUCCCCUGCCUUAAGUCCACUUCUUUGCCUCAGGGGUCUCUUUUCCUUGGCUGGCCAGGAUCCCCUCGUCUUCA